AUGGCUACAAGCAUGCCACGACGAGCAAUGGCGUUUGCCAGCGGCUCGCGUAGUCUGCGUGCCCUGCAGAGCUCUGGCCGGACACAGACCAGAGUGGGCGCUCGUUGCUCUUCUUCACAGGCUCGCCCUACCGUGUUGGCUCGACCCGCGCUCUGCCGGGCGAGACAGCAGCAAGCUCGGCUUCUGGAGACGUCUGCGGCAGCGAGUCACAUCGGCGAGGAGACCGUGCCCGAGAGCGCAGAUGAACCGUUCACUGUCCACCUGCACGCAGAGUACUUCCAGUCCCACCUCUGCGAGCCGCCGAGCUUGGAGGUGCAGGUGACGAAGAACCAGCUGGUCGAGAUGUACUCCAACAUGGUCAAGAUGAGACGCAUGGAGAUGGCCGCCGAUCAGCUCUACAAGCAAAAGCUCAUCCGUGGUUUCUGCCAUCUCGCUAUCGGCCAGGAAGCAGUCUCGGUCGGGAUGGAGUCUGCCAUCAAGCCAGACGACAAGGUCAUCACUGCCUAUCGAUGUCACCCCUUCGCCGUCAUGCGUGGCGGCACCGUCAAGGGCGUCAUCGCAGAGCUGCUCGGACGCCAGGAUGGCAUGUCCCACGGCAAGGGAGGCAGCAUGCACAUCUUCACAAAGUCUUUCUUCGGUGGAAACGGCAUCGUUGGCGCUCAAGUACCCGUCGGAACGGGCAUCGCCUUUGCUCAGCAGUACAUGGGACAAGAUAAGGACCAUGCCACCUUCAUCAUGUACGGCGACGGCGCGUCCAAUCAGGGACAAGUCUUUGAAUCUUACAAUAUGGCCAAGCUUUGGAAUUUGCCAGCUGUCUUUGUCUGCGAGAACAAUCUCUACGGCAUGGGAACCUCCUCCGCGCGCUCUUCGAGCAACACAAAGUACUUCAAGCGUGGCGAUCUCAUUCCUGGCCUACAGGUCAACGCGAUGGACAUCCUCUCGGUGCACCGCGCUUGCAAAUUCGCAAAGGAAUGGACACAGAGCGGCAAGGGACCGCUCCUUCUCGAGAUGAUCACCUACCGCUACGGAGGCCACUCGAUGUCCGAUCCAGGCACCACCUAUCGAACCAGAGAGGAAAUCCAACACAUGCGCUCUUCCAACGAUCCGAUCUCAGGUCUCAAGGCCCGUCUGCUCGAUUGGAAAGCAGUGACGGAGGACGAGCUCAAAUCGAUCGACAAGAAAGCUCGUCAGGAAGUGGAAAAGGCAGUCGAAGAGGCAAAGAAGUCGCCAGAGCCCAAUCUCGAGAAGGACAUGUGGACUGACGUCUACGUCAAGGGAAGCAGCGUGCCUAAGCUCCGUGGCCGAGAGCGUGAGGAAUGGCAUCAUUAUUCCAAGGAUGAGAUCUCGGGUCCCUUGGACAUGUCCUCGCUGCCGCUACUUCAGAGCGAUUCCCAGACAGACAGCUUGGGACGAUUGCCCAAAGAUGCGUGA